AUGAUGCUGUCGCAGGCGGCCGGUAUGCGGAGGGCCGGUGCCUUCGCGCGACCUCCAACACACGCUGCAUCGCGGUCCCUCUCGGCGUAUACAGCUUCUUCUUCUUCUUCCCCUUCAUCCUCAUCUUCUUCUCCUUUCUCUUCAUCUUCGUCUUCACUGUCUUUAUAUCGACUGGGCCCACUCCGCCUGAACAUUAAUCCCUCCCGCAGAGGUUACAUCCGCCCUCCAAUCACGCCCGGCCUCACUCCCCGCCCAGCAUCGCCUUUCACCCCGCCAUCGUCGCUCUUCUCUUCUGCUUCCUCGAUCACUGCCACCCAGGCUUCCCUCUCUUCCUCUGCUCGUCUAUCCCGCCAGUUCAAGAGAUUCUGCUCGUAUAGGAGAAUGUGUCGCGCACGACGAGGCGAAGACGGCGCCGCGGGUUCCAUGCCCGUGGCCGCUGCAGGUCGCGAGAUCCUCCCCGCCAACGUGAAGCCGCUUCACUACGACCUGACCCUGGAGCCCAACUUCGAGGACUUUUCUUUCAAGGGAUCAGUUCAGGUUGACCUCGAUGUUGUCGAAGAGACUACAUCCAUCACCUUGAACGCACUCGACCUUACCAUCGAUUCUGCUGCCGUCGACGCCAAUGGAACUGAAGUGCCCGCCUCUACACCCAUCAGCUACAACAAGGAUGACCAGUCUGCCACGAUCACCCUUGGAGAGAAGCUCGCGGCUGGCUCAAAGGCCAAGUUGAACCUCAAGUUCACCGGUACCCUAAACGAUAACAUGGCCGGAUUCUAUCGAUGUGCCUACAAGGACGCCAAUGGCAACCAAAAGUACAUGGCUUCCUCCCAGAUGGAGCCUACCGACUGCAGGAGGGCGUUCCCUUGCUUCGACGAGCCUGCAUUGAAGGCUCAGUACACGGUUACACUCAUUGCGGACAAAGACAUGACCUGUCUGAGCAACAUGGACGUGGAAUCCGAGACCGAAGUGAAGUCCACUAUGGUCAGCCACCCCAGAAAGGCAGUUAAAUUCGCCAAAUCCCCACUCAUGUCCACCUACCUUGUGGCUUUCAUUGUUGGCCACCUUAACUAUAUCGAGACAAAGGCCUUCAGAGUGCCAAUCAGAGUCUACGCUACCCCAGACCAAGACAUCGAGCACGGAAGAUUCUCCUUGGACCUUGCUGCCAAGACUCUUGCCUUUUAUGAAAAGGCAUUCGAUAACGACUAUCCAUUGCCCAAGAUGGACAUGGUUGCUGUGCCCGACUUUGCGGCCGGUGCCAUGGAGAACUGGGGAUUGGUCACCUACCGAAUCGUCGACGUUUUGUACGACGAAAAAACCACCGGCGCCGCUACAAAGGAACGUAUUGCCGAGACUGUGCAACACGAACUUGCUCAUCAGUGGUUCGGUAACCUGGUCACCAUGGAUUUCUGGGAUGGCCUCUGGCUCAACGAGGGCUUCGCCACGUGGAUGUCGUGGUACUCGUGCAAUGUCUUCUACCCAGAGUGGAACGUAUGGCAGACUUAUGUUAUCGACAACCUUCAACAGGCGUUGUCUCUUGACUCCUUGAGAAGCAGUCACCCCAUCGAGGUUCCAGUCAAACGCGCCGAUGAGAUUACCCAGAUCUUCGAUGCUAUCUCUUACUCCAAGGGUUCCGCCGUGCUCCGAAUGAUCUCAAAGUACAUGGGCGAGGAGAAGUUCCUCCAAGGUGUCAAGGCCUACAUCAAGAAACACGCCUAUGGAAACACUACCACUAGUGAUCUCUGGGCCGCCCUUAGCGAAGCUAGCGGUAAACCCAUCGAUAAGGUCAUGGACGUGUGGACCAAGGAGGUCGGAUUCCCCGUUCUCACCGUAAAGGAGAACAAGGAGAACCAGACCAUCAACGUCCAGCAAAACCGUUUCCUCCGCACCGGAGAUGUCAAGACGGAAGAUGACAAGACCAUCUACCCUGUCGUCCUCGGACUAAAGGGCCGUGACAGCAUCGACCAAGCCGCUGUCCUCUCGGAACGAAGCCAAGACAUCAAAGUAGACCUCGACUUCUAUAAACUCAACGCCGACCACUCCUCCCUCUUCAGAACCUGCUACAGCCCAGAACGUCUUGAGAAGCUAGGACAGGAUGCUAAGGCAGGCCGUUUGACUGUUGAGGACAAGGCCGGUAUGAUUGCCGAUGCCGGUGUUCUCGCCGCCUCUGGCUACCAAAAGACUUCUGGAAGUUUGUCACUUCUGAAAGGAUUUGACCAAGAGAAUGACUUCGUUGUCUGGAACGAAAUUCUCACUCGUCUCGGAUCUAUCCGUGGAGCCUGGAUCUUCGAAGAUGAGAAGACCAAGGAUGCCUUGAAGACAUUCCAGCGUAAUCUCGUCAGCCAAAAAUCCCAUGAACUCGGCUGGGAAUUCACCGAGAACGACGGCCAUGUCCUCCAGCAGUACAAGGCCCUCAUGUUCAGCGCCGCCGGCUCCGCCGGUGACGAGAAGGUCGUUGCCGCAGCCACCGAUAUGUUCAAGCGCUUCGCAGCUGGUGACCACAGCGCCAUCCACCCCAACAUUCGCGGCAGUGUAUUCGACAUUGUCCUUAAAAAUGGCGGCGAAAAGGAAUGGGAGAUCAUCUUCGACAGAUACAAGAAUGCUCCCACCUCUGCUGAAAAGAACACUGCUCUCCGCUGCCUGGGUGCCUGCGAGGACCCAGCCAUCAUGCAGAAGACCCUUGCCCUCACUCUUUCCGAGGAAGUUAGAAUUCAGGAUAUCUACAUGCCCAUGUCCGGCCUUCGGUCUCACUCUGCAGGUAUACUAGCCCGCUGGAAGUGGCUGCAGGAGAACUGGGUGGGAUUGACCAAGAGGCUCCCUCCUGCUUUCUCCAUGUUGGGCUCUGUUAUCCAGAUAUCUUGCGCUAGCCUGUGCACUGCUGAGCAGAUGAAGGAAGUUGAGCAGUUUUUUAAGGACAAGGAUCACAAGGGCUACGACCGAUCUCUCGAGCAGAGUCUCGAUGCUAUUCGUGCUAAGACUGGUUGGCUCUCACGCGAUCGUGAAGAUGUAGAGUCUUGGCUCAAGUCAAACGGAUACAAGUCCUAG